CCGGCCUGCGCAGCAAUGUCGGUGGUGGAGGAAAACCGGCCGUUCGCCCAGCAGCUCUCCAACGUCUACUUCACCAUCCUCUCCCUUUUCUGCUUCAAGCUCUUUGUGAAAAUCAGCCUGGCCAUCCUCAGCCACUUCUACAUAGUGAAAGGCAACCGCAAGGAAGCGGCUCGGAUAGCGGCCGAGUUUUACGGAGUAACCCAAGGACAAGGUUCCUGGGCAGAUCGGUCACCACUACAUGAAGCAGCCAGUCAAGGUCGUCUUCUAGCUCUGAGGACAUUGUUAUCACAGGGUUAUAAUGUCAACGCAGUGACCAUAGACCAUGUCACGCCAUUACAUGAAGCCUGCCUUGGAGAUCACGUGGCCUGUGCCAGGACACUUCUGCAAGCUGGAGCCAACGUAAACGCGAUCACCAUAGACGGCGUGACCCCCUUAUUCAACGCAUGUUCACAAGGCAGCACCAGCUGCACAGAACUGCUCCUGGAAUAUGGCGCCAAACCCCAGCUGGAGUCCUGCCUUCCUUCCCCUACGCAUGAGGCGGCCAGCAAAGGUCACCACGAAUGUCUGGAAAUCCUGAUAUCCUGGGGUGUAGAUGUUGACCAAGACAUUCCCCAUCUGGGAACCCCUCUGUAUGUAGCUUGCAUGUCCCAGCAGUUCCAUUGCGUCCGGAAGCUUCUUUACGCUGGCGCUGAUGUACAAAAAGGCAAAUAUUGGGAUACUCCAUUACACGCUGCUGCUCAACAGUCCUGUACGGAAAUUGUAAACUUACUGCUAGAAUUUGGAGCAGACAUCAAUGCCAAAAACACAGAUCUUCUGAGACCUGUCGAUGUGGCGACUUCUAAUAGUUUGGUGGAAAGAUUAUUGCUUCAGCAUGAAGCCACCCCAAGCUCUCUAUGCCAGCUCUGCAGACUCUGUAUCAGAAACUACAUCGGUAGACCAAGGUUACACCUUAUCCCACAGCUCCAGCUGCCAACGUUGUUGCAGAAUUUCUUACAGUAUCGAUAAGGGAGUAAAAUAAUUCUAAACGUCUGAAAAUCAGAAAUUUCUAUUUCAUCUGCAUAGUGUAUAUUUCAUAUUAAAACGUGUUAAAGAGAUGGUAGAGAUAUGAGAACACCCAGGAAGAAGUGAAAUAGCAAUUUUAGUUAAAGUGUACUAGUUCAUAGUCUGUUUUAUGCAUUUUUACUGUUUUUGGACUACAAUAUGUUUAAAGUAUCUAUGUGAACCCUUACUAAAAGUAUUCAUAUAUUUUUGAAGGUCUAUAUUCUUCAAUUAAUGUUUAUGCUUUUAAGUUUUGGCCUCUGUAAUUGAUUAUUUCUGUAUUGUUGAUAUUAAUACAAAAUAUGAGUAUGGUUUAGAAAAGAGCAGCUCAUAUAUUUUUUUUUUUUGAAAUAAACAUGACUGUCAUUCAGGAAACCCACUA